CGGCGCGCCACUGACGUCACCGCCGCCGACUGCUUUCUGGGAGGCAGGAGUGGAAGCCCCGCGAGUUGGUCAUAAUGGCAAGCGAAGAAAUUAAUGAAGACUACCCAGUAGAAAUUCAUGAAUAUUUAUCAACAUUUGAGAAUUCCAUUGGUGCUGUGGAUGAGAUGCUGAAGACCAUGAUGUCUGUUUCUAGAAAUGAGUUGUUGCAGAAGUUGGACCCACUUGAACAAGCAAAAGUGGAUUUAGUUUCUGCUUACACGUUGAAUUCAAUGUUUUGGGUUUAUUUGGCAACGCAGGGAGUUAAUCCUAAGGAACAUCCAGUAAAGCAGGAAUUGGAGAGAAUCAGAGUAUACAUGAACAGAGUCAAGGAAAUAACAGACAAGAAAAAGGCUGGCAAGCUGGAUAGGGCUGCAGCUUCAAGAUUUGUAAAAAAUGCCCUAUGGGAACCAAAACCUAAAAAUGCAUCCAAAGUUGCCAAUAAAGGAAAAAGUAAAAGUUAACCUUUUGAUUUUGAUGUACACAUAUUGAAAAAGUACAUAAUUUUUAUUGUUUUCCACAAAAUAGAUGAUGAUUAUGUGGCAUGGUAAGGUUUAAAUGUAUUCCAUAUUGACUUCGCAUGUAAAAUUUGCAUUUUAAAUUUGUAAUGCUAAAUACUUUUCCCCCAGGAAGAUUAAGUUAUCCUUAUUGAUUUUCCUAUAGAACAUUAUGAGGUUUUUUAACAUUGUGGUAUAUUUUAUAUUUAUAGUUUACUGUCUCUUGACAAGACUCUUAUUUCCUUAUAUAGGUCAGUUUUUCAAGUGCCAUUUUAUAAGCAACUAUGAAAUUUAAGUUAACUGUUCUUUGCA